GAUUGGCUGGCCCGGCCGCCGGCCCUGCGCACCCCGGCCCGUCUGCGGCGCCGCGGCCAGCUGGCGCCAGCGCUCAUAUAGGAUGCGCGGGGAUGGGACCGAGUCGGCCAGAGCAGCGGCUUUGCCAUCUGAGUAACACUCUCCAUCCAGCCUCCUCUGCUCUUCCCGCGCUCGCUCUGCCUUUCCCCCCUCCUCUCCCUCUUCGCUUUUUUUCGUUCCCCCUCCGUUCUCCCCCUCUCUGCCGCGCUCGCAUCCUCCACGCCGGCAUUCAUCGCCACCCAGCCGCCCGCGCCGGGUGCUGCCCUGGCGCUUCCCCGGACCUGCCUCCGCUCCCCGCCUGUUGACAGAGGGACACGCUGACUUCUGGGGUCCUCUCCCACGCCUCAGAGGGCGCGCUUCAGUCACCCGGCGGUUUUCUUUCUAAGAAAAGCCACCCCAAUAUCUUAAAACCCACCAGGCAGCGUCAAAAGCGACCCCCCGAGCAGCGCUCCCCGCCCCCACCGAGCGCCGCUCGCUCCUGGCCCGGGGGUGGGUGAGAGGGGAGGCCCAAGGCCAUGGAGGUGGCCACGGAUCAGCCUCGCUGGAUGGCCCACCACGCCGUGCUCAACGGGCAGCAUCCCGACAGCCACCACCCCGGGCUGGCUCACAACUACAUGGAACCAGCGCAGCUCCUACCUCCGGAUGAAGUCGACGUCUUCUUCAACCACCUGGACUCCCAGGGCAACCCUUACUACGCCAAUUCCGCCCAUGCCCGGGCCAGGGUCUCCUACAGCCAGGCGCACGCCCGCCUGACCGGGAGUCAAAUGUGCCGGCCUCAUCUUAUCCACAGCCCCGGGAUCCCUUGGCUGGACAGCAGCAAGGCGGCACUGUCUGCCCAUCACCACAACCCCUGGACCGUCAGCCCCUUCACCAAGACACCCCUGCACCCCUCGGCGGCAGGAGCGCCUGGGGCCAUCUCGGUGUACCCGGGCAGCAGCACCUCCAGCACCGCCUCCGUGUCUUCGCUCACCCCGGCCUCGCACUCCGGCUCCCACCUCUUCGGCUUCCCCCCGACCCCUCCCAAGGAAGUGUCCCCAGACCCCAACUCCACCAGCGCCGCCUCCCCUUCUUCCUCCGCCGGGGCUCGGCAGGAGGACAAAGACAGCAUCAAGUACCAAGUGUCGCUGUCGGAGGGGAUGAAGAUGGAGAGCGCCAGCCCGCUCCGAAGCAGCCUCACCAGCAUGGGGGCCCAGCCCUCCACCCACCACCCCAUCCCCACCUACCCCUCCUACGUGCCGGCAGCCCACGACUACAGCAGCAGCCUCUUCCACCCGGGCAGCUUUCUGGGGGGCCCCGCGUCCAGCUUCACCCCCAAGCCGCGGAGCAAGGCCCGGUCCUGCUCGGAAGGCAGAGAGUGCGUGAACUGUGGAGCCACUGCCACCCCUCUCUGGAGAAGAGACGGCACCGGGCAUUACCUGUGCAACGCCUGCGGGCUCUACCACAAAAUGAACGGCCAAAACCGACCUCUCAUUAAGCCCAAGCGAAGGCUGUCAGCGGCCAGGAGAGCGGGGACUUGUUGUGCCAACUGUCAGACAACCACCACGACCUUAUGGCGACGUAAUGCAAACGGGGACCCAGUUUGUAAUGCCUGUGGACUCUACUAUAAAUUGCACAAUGUGAACAGGCCUCUGACCAUGAAAAAGGAAGGAAUUCAGACCAGGAAUAGGAAAAUGUCCAACAAAUCAAAGAAGAGCAAGAAAGGCUCUGAGUGUUUUGAGGAACUGUCCAAGUGCAUGCAGGAGAAGUCGUCUCCCUUCAGCGCUGCUGCCCUUGCCAGUCACAUGGCACCCAUGGGGCAUUUGCCCCCUUUCAGCCACUCUGGACACAUCCUACCAACACCUACCCCCAUCCACCCAUCUUCCAGCAUCUCAUUUGGACACCCACACCCAUCCAGCAUGGUUACAGCCAUGGGAUAAAACCUGAUGACCAAGAGACCCAUCCAGAUAUUAAGAACAUGGGACUUUGCCUAAGAUGACACCAAGUAAGACAAUGUUCUGCCAAGAGGAGAAUGUAGGGAUGGCAAAAGGAGACCUUUGCUCCCAUGUGGUUAACUUUUAAUGCUGGACUAAAACUUGCAAAUGAUGGGUCUUCUGCAGAAAUGUGUAGUGGUGCCUGUAAUGCACUUUGCCCCCUCAGGUAUAAGAAAAAAGAACUCACCUGUUCGAUACUUAAUGGUCCAGCAGGAAGAAAAAGAUGGCAGAAGCUGAAAGAGAAGGCUUGGAACUGGUUUUCCUUUCUCUCUUUGUUAUUACUGUGAAUAUUGUAAAGAGAUAUAAGCAGCCUCCCAGGAUGGAAUUGGCUCACUGGAAGCCAGGCAUGCUGGAUUUCUAUUGCGGACUUUGUUUGGGAUAGGGGAAAAAAAAGAAGAAAAAAAGCCAAAAAAGAAAAGUAGAAAAAAAAUCAAGAGAAAGAAAAGGGCAUCUUUAUUAAACCAUAAGUUUUAAAAUCAGACACAAAGUCAUAUUUAUUUUGUUUUCCACAAAAAGCCUCAACCCCUCUGAUUGCAUGUUUUGUGCUGUCAUUUGCAAUGGCUACCCUGUAAGAAAAGCUGCCUUCAAAACAAGGAGAGGGGAAAUGUACUCAACAGCCCUCUUGGAUUGGCUCCAUCUAUCUUCCAUACCAAAGUUACCAGGAAGGGGGAAAGGAUUGCGAGGGCGAGGAACAAAGCAAAAAUGUAGCCGUAAUUCGGGAUUUUAAUAUACCCAAGAUGGUGAUUAUUUUGACACAAUUCCUUCAUUCUUCUCCCUAACAUGAAAGAUUUAUUUUAAAAAGAGCCCCUCUCCCAACUACCCUAUUGUUCCUCAAACCAGACAACCUAGGUCAGAAAAACUGUUGGGAAGAAAACUCUGGGGAAGGCAAUCCUGCACUAGCAAGGGGUGGAUAGCUGCAACACAAUUUUGGUAAAUGCCUGUAGAAGCUCUAACACAGCCAAAACUAUAAUGGGGCACGAAACCCAUCCUGCUCGCAGACUUUGGAGGUUGAAGCAUUUUGUUCUGUUGUGUUGGCAGCUGUCGCUUAAAAAUGCAGAUUAGCUGCUUGGGUAAACUUUGGGCAGUGCGGGCACCACGUGCACAUGCAGCCAGCCCUGCUGUCUCAGGCACCCAGCCCCGGUGGAGCCCACCGGGAGGAAGGGCAGAAAUGAGGCUGAGAUCACUGGAGAGGGGGAAAAGAGAGACAAUCAGUUUGAGCUUCACACAUCCAUCAAAUCCCAGACACAGAGACAGCUGAGGGAAAGCAUCGUUCUAAGGGGAACGUCUGUUUUCCGUAGCGGAUUUUAUAUGAAAACAAGAAAAGAACAAAAAAAAAAAAAAUUAAAUCUCCCAUUAUGAAACCAUAUUGUACGUAAAUGACCGAACACAAAGCUAUUGCCAAUGUGAAGUGUAUUCUAUUGAUUGUUAUGAUCUGAUGCCUCUCGUGAACACAAGCUCCAGUAUAACAUAAGGUGUACAUAUUUAGGUAUACUUCUGAUGAAAAUGCCCCAAUGAACAGAGGGGUUUGAUAAUGUAAACCACGUAAGCUUAACUCUGUGAAAAGCUUUUUAUUUUAUUUUUUUAAAUUUUAACUAUUUUGUUGUUGGGUUUUUCUUUUUCCUUUUUUUUUUUUUUGUUUUUUGGAUCAAGCCAAAUUGUAUCUUUACUGCAAAAGUCCUGCUUUAAAGAAAAAAAACAGAAUGAAACAAAAAAAGGAUGUAUGUAAAUUUUUUUAAGCCUGUAAUUUUUAAGCCUACUAAAAUGUAGUAUUUUAUAAUUAAGAACCAAGCAGCCAUGAAAAUCCUGCUUUCCUCUUUUUUUUUGGUCUGUGUAGGCAUAUAGGUGCACUUUGUAAAGAAGUGGAAAUAAAUGGGAAACUAAAUUGGUUGAGAGAAAUCAUAAGAAUUUUUAAUCUACUGAGGUAAAAAAUUAGGUCCUUUUUACUUUUUACCUUUUACAAUGGUACAGUUGUACAUUAUUUGUACCCAACUUAAAUUUCUGUAGGAUUUGGGCAGAGGGGAAGGGGUGUGGGUGAAAGACAGGGAUUACUGAUACAGUUGACAAAGUGCAAUAUAUUGUCAGUCACUGCAGCAUAGACAACAGCAGUUGAGAUUUAAAUUAUUUUGUACUUGUAUCAGCAUAAAAAAUUCUUCAGUAUUUUCUGUUUUUAUUUUAAUUUUUAUUUUGCUUAUUUUUGGAUUAGUGAACUAAAUUAUUGUUAAUUAUGUACAACAUGUUUAUAUAUUGUCUGUAAAAAGUGUAUGCUUUCCUCAUAUUCCUUCAAGGUGAAUAUUGCUAAGAAUAAUAAAUACCUUUUUUGUGAAA